AUGUUGGGACCUUCAGCUCCGGCCAACGCUGCUACAGUUCCAGCUCUGGCUUACGCUGCUUCAGGCCUAGUUUCUGUCGACGUUGCUCCAACUUAUGCCCCUGCUAACAUUGUGCCUACCCCCCAAGGCAAUGCUUAUACUAUUCUUGCUGAUGUAGUGCCUCGUUCUCGUAGUAUUGACUACUUUUCUGCGAGCAUCGAUAAGCUUUUUGGCAACAUUGGAGGUGGCAUCGGCGGCGAGGUCAUUGAGGCUCCUUAG